UGAAUUAUAAAAGGACAUGUAUUUUCAGGUAACAUUUGCACGAGGACGUAACGCAGACUUAUAGUGUGGACAGCAAAUCUUUCACAAUGGGGAAGUUGGCUGUGAUAGGGAUUCUGACUGUAUUUUUAGUUUACAUUGUUGCAGGACGCACAGUGACCGAUGGGCCAAACGGUGAAAACGAUAAUGAAAACGAUACUGAAAACGAUACUGAAAACGAUAGCGAAAAUGAAGAUGAUGUGACGUCAGAACAAACUGAAACAAAUAACGGUGUGCUGCCAACACAAACAAAUAACGGUGUGCUGCCAACACAAUUAAAUAACGGUGUGCCACCAACACAAUCAAAUAACGGUGUGCUGCCAACACAAUCAAAUAACGGUGUGCUAUCGACACAAUCAAAUAACGGUCUGCCGCCAACAAUAUCAAAUAACGGUGUGCCGCCAACAAUAUCAAAUAACGGUGUGCCGUCAACACAAUCAAAUAACGGUGUGCCGCUAUGGUUAGCUGAUGGUUGAAGUUCAAGUACCUGGGGAAGUGACAAUGGUUGGGAUAGUGACAGUGAUGAAUAACAUUCAACUGCAACAUUGAUUUUUUCAAAUAAAAUAAAACAUAACUUGA